AAAAAAUUGUUUUUUUAUUUUUUUUACUAUUUGAAUAACUGUUUGAGGGUAAGUUCAUUAUUUUCUAAAGUUUCACAUUGCAUAUAUAAAAAAAGUUUUGAGGACGUUGCCUCCCGAACACCCGAAAAGUGGCUCCUACUAUCUAACAUCCUGGAUCCGCCAUUGCAAAUGGUCUUGAGUUGGGUGUGGGAUGGGCAGUCAGGACAUGCAUUUUUGGGUAGAGGAUCCCCCCUUCCCUUUCGGAUAAGUAGAGAAGGCUGCUUCUUGCCCGCAUGGGCAGCUCAGUUGGUCAAGAGCGUGAAAUCUUGGACCGAUGACCAGGGAUCGAGUCCCGCAAGCGGCAGUGUGGGAGCUAUCCAAAAAUCCCAUAAAGGGCGAGGAGGCUCCUUGUGCGCGGCUCAGGCACACACUAAUGAACUUGAAGCACAAACUCUGAGAGAGAUGUACAGAGCCUUCAACAGCCCAUCACAACUGAAGAACUGGAGGGGAAUCAUGGUCUGGAGUAAGAUGCUCCGGGUCUUCGGUGAUUGAAAUAAAACUGAAACGUUUAAACCUGACCAGAACCUUAAGGCCCCAGCUUUCGAAUCUGCGAAAUUUGGAAUUUCUGGACCUUAGCUACAAUAAGGUUCACGGUGAAAUCCCAUUUGACUUGCCGCGUAAUCUGAAACACUUGAAUUUAGCAUGCAACAAGUUCAGGAAUAACAUUCCGUUUCCAUAUUCUUCGACUAAUAUGAACCAUCUCACACAGCUUUAAGCAGAUACACUGGCGGUUUGUUCAACUUUGUAACUUGUGAUUACAACGUUUUUUCAAUUAUUAUUCUGCUCGUAGGAAUCUGAGUCACAACAUGUUUUUUGGGCCUUUAGGAGACUUCUUUGGUGGAUUGAAAAAUCUGAAGAUGAUGGAUUUAUCAGCCAAUAACUUUACGGGCGGCAUUUUGUCCAGCUUCAAAACUCUGAUUUGUACUUCUAAAUCAUAACACAAGUGUUUGGCUUUCAAAAAAACAAAUACUCCAUAACAAAAAAUGAUAAGAUCCCAUACAUGUGAUGCAUAUUCUUCAAGCUGCCAAAGAAGUCUCCUAAUGCUCCGGAUAACAUGUUGUGGCUCAGAUUUAUGUGAGAAGGACAAUAUAUCGUAAGUGAUUUU